CCGUGAACGCAUCCUAAUCCAACCCAGCCGCUGAGUAGCCAUUUUGGUCCCACCUAAAACAGACAGAGCAGCUUCACUUUGGGCCGCCGGAGAUGGAAGAAACCGAGCCGACGGCGAGUAUUUCAGCCACCAAAACCUUCUGAAUCCCUCCAAGAAACAUUGACGGGUGACAUUAGACGCCAUGGCUCGUUGCUAGACUGACUUGUUAUUGUGAAAAGAAAGCCUAAGGGCGAUUUUUUUUUUUUUUUUUUUUGGAAGUGGCGACCGACACCGACAGCGCCUUAACGUUAGUUUAGUUAGCUUCACUGACUCAAACACAAACGGAUAGACGGUGCUGAUUUCGUUUUGCUGUCGAGGACGGAGUGUACGCGCCAUGUAAAUAUCUAAACAUUACAUUAUUAUGCUCUUUAGUGGAGGAUUUUUUUUUCGGUGUCUUAACAGUUCAGGUGCUCGGCUCUAACACGUCCGGUCUGGUUUGAAAAUUGUCACGAUCCAUGCUGAGACUGUUUCCUCGGAGAGAGCUGCAAAGCAAAAGCAAUAAUUUUUGCGUUUUUUCGGCUGCCAGACUGACGAAGGAGUCGGUGGAUUUUUGGACGUCAGAGGGCGACUGGUUAAAGGAAGGACGAAUAAAAGAUGUCAACAAAAACUCCUUUGCCUACCGUCAACGAGAAGGUGACGGAAAGUCACACGUCUCACAGCAAUGGGCGUCAGGAGAUCAGCACGCGCUCGGCCCGCACCGGCGUGCGUCCCCGCAGCUCCGAGGAGCCGCAGCAGCCCCACGUCGGCAACUACCGGCUGCUCAAAACCAUCGGGAAGGGCAACUUCGCCAAGGUCAAACUGGCCCGACACAUCCUCACCGGCAGAGAGGUGGCAAUUAAGAUAAUAGACAAGACACAGCUGAAUCCAAACAGCCUUCAGAAGCUCUUCAGAGAAGUAAGAAUAAUGAAGAUCUUGAAUCAUCCCAAUAUAGUCAAGCUCUUUGAAGUGAUUGAGACGGAGAGGACACUUUACCUGGUGAUGGAGUACGCCAGCGGAGGAGAGGUCUUUGACUACCUGGUUGCACAUGGAAGAAUGAAGGAAAAAGAGGCCAGGGCUAAAUUUAGACAGAUCGUAUCGGCGGUGCAGUACUGCCACCAGAAGCACAUCGUUCACAGAGACCUCAAGGCUGAGAACUUGCUCCUCGACGCAGACAUGAACAUCAAGAUCGCCGAUUUCGGCUUCAGCAACGAGUUCACUCUGGGCAACAAGCUGGACACGUUCUGCGGCUCCCCGCCGUACGCCGCGCCGGAGCUUUUCCAGGGAAAGAAGUACGACGGGCCGGAGGUGGACGUCUGGAGCCUGGGGGUCAUACUGUACACGCUGGUCAGCGGCUCGCUGCCCUUUGAUGGACAGAACCUCAAGGAGCUGCGUGAGCGGGUGCUCAGAGGGAAGUACCGCAUCCCUUUCUACAUGUCCACAGACUGCGAGAACCUCCUCAAACGCUUCCUGGUGCUCAACCCGGCCAAGCGGGGUACUCUCGAGGUGAGGGAGGACGCAGAAAAUCAAAUCAUGAAGGAUCGAUGGAUCAACGCAGGAUUUGAAGAAGACGAGCUGAAGCCUUACGGCGAACCAGAGCUGGACAUCACGGAUCAGAAGAGAAUAGAUGUGAUGGUGGGGAUGGGAUACAACCUGGAGAAGAUCCAGGACUCUCUGGCCAAGAUGAAGUAUGACGAGAUCACAGCCACCUACCUGCUGCUGGGCAGGAAGGCCUCUGAGUUGGAGCCCAGCGAGUCGGCCUCCAGCAGCAACCUGUCUCUGGCCAAACCCAGACCCAACAGCGAGCUCAACGGCCAGUCGCCCUCCCACCUCAAAGUCCAGAGGAGCGUCUCCUCCAACCACAAACAGAGACGUUACAGUGAACAAGUCGGUCAGAACGUCCCUCCUGGGAUGGCUCAUCCGAAGAGGAGUCAGACCACCACAGCGGAGAACAGCGCCAAGGAGGAAGGUGGAGUCCAGCUCCGUAAACCCAGCACCCCGGGGAGCCGCGGCGCUCCACCUGCCAGCCCUCUGUUGGGCAACGCCAACAACCCCAACAAGGCCGACAUCCCUGACCGCAGGAAAGGCGCCACCACCGGCCCGAGCAAUAACACUGCGUCAGCAGGCAUGACCAGGAGGAACACGUACGUCUGCAGCGACAGGAACAACACGGACCGCCUCUCCGUCAUUCCCAACGGGAAGGAGAACAGCAGCGUCGCCGUGUCGCCCGGCGGCCAGAGGAACCCAGUGGCGUCCACCCACAGCAUCGCCAACGCCACCACGCCCGACAGACUGCGCUUCCCGCGAGGCACCGCCAGCCGCAGCACCUUCCACGGGGGCCAGCUGAGAGACCGCCGCACCGCCACGUACAACGGCCCGCCGGCCUCCCCCACCCUAUCCCACGACGCCACCCCGCUCUCCCAAACCCGCAGCCGUGGAACCAGCAACCUUUUCUCCAAACUCACCUCCAAACUCACCCGCAGAAACAUGUCAUUCAGGUUUACCAAAAGAGUCUCAACCGAGUUUGAGAGAAACGGGAGACUUGAGGGCUCAAGUCGCCAUGUACCUGGGGAUCAAAAAGGGGAAAAUAAAGACAGUAAACCCCGCUCCCUCAGAUUCACUUGGAGUAUGAGGACCACCAGCUCCAUGGAGCCUUGUGAUAUCAUGCGGGAGAUUCGCAAGGUGCUCGACGCCAACAACUGCGACUACGAACAGCAAGAGAGUUUCCUGCUUCUUUGCGUCCACGGAGACGGGCGCGCCGAAAACCUGGUCCAGUGGGAGAUGGAGGUUUGCAAGCUGCCCCGUCUCUCCCUCAACGGCGUCAGGUUUAAACGGAUAUCCGGAUCAUCCAUCGCUUUCAAAAACAUUGCUUCCAAAGUUGCCAACGAGUUAAAGCUAUGAACAAAAGGGUUUAAAAGUAUACAUAUAUAUAUCUAGAAGUAUUUAAGCUGUACAAUCAUCCAAGUAGCAGUUUCCAAAUGUCUCCUUUUUUUAAAAAAACAAAAUACAGAGUAUGUAUUGAAUAUUAUAAUGUAUAGGUUAAGGCUUUUGGCAAUAAUCACUGAAUUACCUACUAAUAUCUCAGUCUAUUCUGGCCACACGGGGUCGACAUUAACGAGUUGAAUAUGAUUUGUCAUGCUGUGAAUGUGGACAAAAAAAGCAUUUCUAGUCUUAUUUAUUUCAUCUUUUCUCUCUCUCUCUCUCUCUCUCUCUCUCUCUUUAUCUCUCUCUCUCUCCUGGAAAAGAAAAAAAAUUACGUAGCGUUUUUUUUUGUUUUCAGUGUAAAUAAUGUAUCUUACUUUCAAGACAGCUUCACUGCAAUACUCAUUUUGUUUCUUCCUUUUUUUUUUUUUUUUUUCUUUUUUCUUUUUGUAUUUCGUUACAAAGUAGAGAUGAUGGGGGGGGGGAGUCCGUGUAAAUGCCCACAUGGUUAAGGGUCACUCAUGUCUCAAUUAAAGUGUCUGUCAACUUGAA